CAGGACUUGCCCGUUCCCGUGAACAGACGUGACGUGCAGUUGUUUCCGCCUAUUAGCUAAUAUAGAAAGUGUUAAACAAGGCUUGCUAUUUCCUGUGAAGAGACGUGACGUGCAGUUAUUUCCGACUAUUAGUUAAUUUUGUUAGACCAGAUUUGCCCUUUCCUGUGAAGAGACGUGCAGUUGUUUCCAUUAGUAAUAUUGAAAAGGCAAUAAUGGAGAAAAGAGAAAGUGUUGCUAUUAAGACCGAACUCACGGAGGAAUCUGGCCGUGAAGCGAACAAACGGACAUCUAAUGCUGCUGCAGGUGUCAGGAAGAGAGAUUUUGACAGUGUGACUGGCACUCGACCCAAGCUCUCUGUGCGCACGGAUUUUGGCAAUGUCGCAAAUUCGGAGCAACAAUCCGGUGAAUUUCACCGACCUAGCGCUUCGCUUUCCGAUACCGCGAGGCGACCGGAAGAUGUUGAUCCUAACUAUGCAUUGGGCUUUCAGCGUUAUAUAGAACUACUUCAUCGACUGGCAAGAAUUCAAGAACCUCGCCUGGACUGUGUACCCCCAGUCAUGUCGUGGCCGUGGGUCGUGCCUUCUGUGGCCCAGAUGUACCAGAUGCAAGGGAUGUUUCCCCCGUACGUCAUGCUUCCUCCAUAUCCUUCACCGUACACGGAAUAUCCUUCGCCACAAGAUGAAGUCAGGUCCACUCCGUCUCCCGUGAGUUCUGAAGAGGCCCUAUCUCCGCCUGCCAAGAUCAGAAAAUACGAUAAUGAAGUUCGCAAUAGCCGUCCUGGCCCCUCUCACCAGGAGACAAAGACCGCACCUGCUAUGCUCACCAAAGUCUCUGAAGUGCACGAGGAUAAGCCAGCAGUCAAUGCAGGAGCAGCCACCCCUUCUCUCGACACGCAACGUCAGCAGAACAGCGCAGGACUAGACCGUGUCACAAGCGUUCCCCGACAGACGAGCAGGCGCUCCGCUGACCCGGAGUCUUCCACCGAGCGGGAUUAUGAGUGUGGUCAGUGCAGGAUGCGCACGCGCUCUCACCAUGGCCUGAAGAGGCACUUGAACAGCCACGGUGAUGCCCUUCCCACUCGGCCCGCUGUUUGUGCCAGAUGCAGACAGCAGUUCUUGAACGUCUUCGAUUUGUACUUUCACGUGCUGUCCCACUACAAAGGAGACGACAACAACAAUGGCGAUUCAGAGAAGACACAGGAUGUUCCGCAGGCGACCGUAAAAGACGACGAUCACUUCCCUUGCGACAAAGCUGCCAAGAAGUCACUUCCCCGAUUAUUCGAGUGCGGCGAGUGUCGCCUGAGAGUCCGGUCAUAUUGUGGACUGCGCAGGCACUUCAAGAAACACCCUAGUCUUGGCCCUCUCCCUGCAGUGUGCGGCGUGUGCAAAACGGCGUUCCCCAACACAGUGCAGCUGCACGAACACAUGCUGGGUCACUAUGGCGUCGUUCCUAAGGUAGUCAACGGGCAACUGAAGCGACUCGCGUGCCAAUUCUGCAGCGAAACCUUCGUCAGCGCCGAUGUGUUCUCCCGGCACCUCCUGUCCCACGAGCGAGGAGCUGCCCUUCCCUCGCCAACGAAAUAAGCGACACAGUAUGCAUGGAAUACUUGAUCUCGCCUGUAUUGGACCGUUGUUUUCCCAUUAUUACUUUCAAAUGCCUUUAUUUUGUAGUCUAUGGUUAUUGUUACAUAUAUAUGAAUAAA